AAUUAAUCAAUAUAGCGGUGGUAGUGAUCGGCACAUCCUAUCGACAGACAAAUCCAUAGCCUUUUAGCCAAUACAUCGAAACACCAUUUGGAUUACAAUUGGUGUAACAAAAAAGUCUUCGCAAACCAUAAGUUAGCCAUCGAUUGGAUGAUAAAAUCUUUGGUCACAAGUGGCCACAUAUAGUGAUAAUUAUCGAUAAGUUUGAAACCAGUGGCCGAUCGCCCGUAGAGACCGUAUAAACCAAAUCCCGGGACACCCCGUAAAAGUCGAUACAAGUGGUGAGCAAUGAGUAAAUUAGUGAAUAAGAUCUUCGGCGGUAAACAAAUGCGAAGAGACAAAGCGGGUCAGAGGUCGGACUGCCCUCCGGGGGACGACUCGCACCGCAUAUCGGACAUCGGGACACCGUUUCUGGUGAAACACAACGUCCACGUGGGCCUCAAUCCGGACACCGGGAAGAUCGAGGGUCUGCCCACUCCGUGGCAAAACCUGCUCCAGGAGGCGAACAUCAGUCAAACGGAACAGUUGGAGAACCCGAAGGCGGUGUUGGAUGCGCUCAAAGUAUACAACUAUUCCAUCCGUAAUAAGCAGGAGAAAUGGAUCGCCAAUCAGGAGACCAUCGAUCAGGAGACCGAUGAGAUUGAGCACCAGUUGGAGGGCCGCAGACAGAAGGGCUCCGACAACGAGUCGCCGCCCGAUAUGAUCACUGAUAUUAACAACGACUUGAAGAAUAAGAACUUCUUCACCGAUAGUUCCGGACAUUUGACGGCAUCGCCGGCGACGGCCGCCAAACAGAGGCAACAGAUGAGUGAUAAGAGCGCCGAUAAGACGGCGGCUGACUAUCAAAAUGGUGAACAAAAUAUGCCGCAAAUCCGUCGCAAACCCAAAGCCGAGGCCCCGAAGGCGCUGAGCGAAGAGGAGGUGAUGACUCAGUUGAAGGCCAUUGUGAACAGCGGUAACCCGAAGACCAGGUUUAAGAUAGUCAAGAAGUUAGGGUCGGGCGCCUCCGGAACCGUGUAUACGGCUGUCGAUAACAUGACACAGGAUAAGGUGGCCAUCAAGACCAUGGAUUUGGCACAACAACCCAAGAAGGAGUUGAUUAUCACUGAGAUUAAGGUCAUGAAGGAUAACAAGCACCCAAAUUUGGUGAAUUAUCUGGAUAGCUAUCUGGUGGACAACGACUUGUGGGUGAUUAUGGAGAUCCUAGAAGGCGGUGCCCUCACGGAUGUGGUCACAGAGACGGUGAUGCGUGAGAGCCAAAUGGCGGCCAUCUGUAAGGAGACCCUCAAAGCCAUCGCUUUUCUUCACUCAAAAGGAAUAAUACACAGAGAUAUCAAAAGCGAUAACGUAUUGCUCGGAAUGGAUGGGUCCGUCAAAGUAUGGAGUUUAGGAAUAAUGGUGAUCGAGAUGGUAGAGGGAGAGCCGCCUUAUUUGAACGAAACUCCAUUGAAAGCAUUAUAUCUGAUCGCAACUCAUGGAAAGCCUGACGUGAAGAGUAGGGAGAAGUUGUCACCAGAAUUGGUAUGGAGUUUAGGAAUAAUGGUGAUCGAGAUGGUAGAGGGAGAGCCGCCCUAUUUGAACGAAACUCCAUUGAAAGCAUUAUAUCUGAUCGCAACUCAUGGAAAGCCUGACGUGAAGAGUAGGGAGAAGUUGUCACCAGAAUUGGUUGAUUUCCUGGACCGUUGUCUGGAAACGGAUGUGGAGAAGAGGUCUUCAGCCGAAGAGUUACUUUCGCACACUUUCCUCACGAAAGCGGAGAGUCUGUCGACGAUUACACCACUGAUCAGAGCCGCCAAAAAGAUACUCAACAAACACUAACUGUCCGCACAAACAAACACAGUAUUUGCAUAUCAUUAGUGUAUUGACGUCACAAAAUCCGGUGGAUAGUUAGCCCACACAUCCAUUUCCUCUGAUGUGAAGGAAGAGAGAGAGAGAAAUUUAUUUGUUUUUUCAUUGAUUUCCAUAUUUUCACAAUUUUUAUGUUUAGUUAGCGUUUGGUAUAAGUGUUGAAAGCAUUCAUUUCAAUAGACACUCCGUUUGAUUUAAUUAAUUUUGUUUCCAUUAUAUGAAUAUUAUUUAUAACAAUUAAUUGUGUUUUUUGGUCACAUUUAUUGCUCCA